AUGGUGUCGACACCACUGCACGUGGUUGUUGCAGAAGGCGACAUCUUGCUUGUGAAGGCGCGACUCCCAAAGUACGGGCCCAACAUCCUUGACAUCAUGGGGGACACGCCUCUCCACACAGCUGCAAGUUCCGGCCGCAACGAGCAGCGGCAGAUCACACAAAUGCUCUUGCAGGCAGGGGCAGCCGUGAACGUGAUAAAUCGGUUCGGCGAGACGCCACUGGAUACUGCAGUCUUCUGGGCGAUGCGGCACCGGCUGGACGGUGACCGAGGCAAAGAGAGAAUUUGCAAGAGGGUCGCGAAGCUGCUACAUCGGAACGGAGGAGUGCGGUUGACUUCAUGGGUCAACAGCCAGCACUGGCGCCGCGUGCUAUGCGAGUACCAGAAGGUCACUGGUGACGUCGAGGAAAUCGACUCCAGUAGUGACGAAGACCGCCACGGAAAGCACUAG